UUGGUCGCAAUCUAGAAUCUCCAUAUCAGUGUGAGUCACUAAAAAUCGCGAACGGUCAAUUUCAGAUCAAACUUAUAGUCAAGCUAAUUUUCAUCCAAAUUCGAUUUUAUAUUAAACGCUGUAGUGGUGAAAGUUUCAAUUAAUGGGUUAUAAUAAUCAAUUCUUAAUUGUAUGUUGUUGAACAAUCUCCAAAAAACGAGGUUAUUUAUUCCAGCAAACUUCACAAUGAGUGACAUUCAAAAUUUUUACAAAGAAAAAAAUGUUUGUCUGACUGGAGGCACGGGAUUUUUAGGAAAAUUGAUAAUACAAAAGCUUUUAAGGACCACCAAUGUGAAAACAAUUUAUGUUAUCAUUAGGCCUAAAAGAGGUUUGAACAUUCAAGAACGAAUGGAGCGACUUUUAGAGAAUGAAAUAUUUUCUGAUGUCAGGUCAAAUUUUUCGAAAAUCAAAGCCCUUGCUGGAGAUUUGUGCAAAUCAAAUUUAGGUUUAUCGAAGGAAGAUAAAGAAACUUUGGAAACACGAGCACACAUUGUAUUUCAUUGCGGUGCCAGUGUAAGUUUUAUAUCCAACUUGCGAGAAACAAUUUUUUCCAAUGUGAAAUCUACAAGAGAAGUGCUAAAGAUUGCCAAAAAUUGCCGAAAUUUAUUGUCAUUCGUAUACGUGUCAACUGCUUAUUCAAAUUGCACAGAAAAAAUAAUCGAAGAAACGUUUUACGAUCCUCCAAUCAGUCCUGAAUUGUUGAUUAAUAUUUGCGAAGAAUUGGAUGGCGAAAUGUUAGAACGAAUAACAAAAGGCCUUGUAGCUCCUUGGCCAAAUAAUUAUACAUUUAGCAAGGCAGUUUCCGAAAAACUGAUUUACGAUGCCAAAGAAAGUUUACCAAUUGGAUUAUUCAGACCUAGCAUAAUUACAUCAACAGUUGAAGAGCCCAUUGAAGGUUGGACAGAUAAUCUUAACGGACCCAAUGGUCUCAUUUUCAGUAUAAACGUGGGAUUGUUAAGAAUCAUCCACUGCGAUUCAUCAGUUAAAUUGGAUUUUGUGCCAGCCGAUAUGGUCGUUAAUGCUAUUUUGUGUAUGGCCUGGGAAGUGAACCAACGAUGGAUUGACACGGAUGUUCAUGAACCGCUCAUAAUGAACUUUUCAGGAGCAAAAAGUGAAAUAUACGUUAGUUUAAGCAAACUAAGAAAAAGCACUACAAUCAAGAAUGGCAUUGGAUAUCCGAUGUGUUUUCUUGUAUACAACAAAAUAAUUUUCUAUAUUUUAAAUAUUUUAUUGCAUAUAAUACCAAAUUAUAUUAUAGAUAAGAUAGCUGUUUUACUAAAUAAAACACCCAGAGUUGUAAAACUACAUCUGAAGAUUACCAGAGCAUGUAAUGCCUUGUUUUAUUUUAUGUGCAACGAAUUCGAGAUUAAAAGUAGCAAUGUCAUGAUAUUGUGGAAUAAACUAAACAAAUCAGAUCAGGAAUUAUUUAACUUUGACGUUGAAAGAAUAAAUGGGAAAGAUUACUUUAAAUCGCUGUCUAAGGGUCUGAAGGCUUAUUUCGGCAAAGAAAAUUCGAGUGACAUUAAGCAACAAAGAGAAAAGUUACACACGGUGAAGUCGACUUAUUAUGGUAUUAUCGGAUCAAUUUUAAUAUUAAGCUUAUACGUAUUGAUUAUUUUAUUUUGAUAGGAUAUUAAAUAUUUUACAAACGAAGGGCAAUUUUCAUGUACCAACUGUAUUUUCUAUAUAAGCGUCAACUCAUAUAUCUCCAGUCCAUAAAUUCAAAGGCUCAUAUCCCUUAUAGUUAGACGCGACAUGCCGUCCCUGCACUCCAAUAUUACGAUAUCAGAAUAAUCUAGGCUGUCAUAGAAUUUGAGUUAUGGGGAACGUAUCCCAUUAGGAGUGCAUUGCAUUUCGUGACGACAUGACAUAGUGCGGGGAUUGUUCUCCAAAUCGAAGGAAGGAGCACCCUCUAACUCUAUAUGGAAUUAUUAUUGCUGAAUUGUUACCAUUCCCCCAAUUUAUAUUUGGAGCAGAUGUUAUGCGGCUUAUUGCAUAGGAAAUUUGCGGGAUGUAGGCUCUAAUGGGAAUGACUGUUUUUUUUUUUUAUAAUCGUCAGCGCAAGCAAGAGGCACUUUACAUGUGUCACUGUCAAUCCAUUUUUGUUGAUUCUUCGAUGAUUGAACCAGGUAACUUCAAUACUUUUGAAAAUAAACUAUAUAGGGAUGUAGGUAAAUAACUGAUAUAUCGACAAAUAUUAUUAGAUAUUAUUUUAUCAUUUAAUGAAUGUAUGAACCCCUUUUCACUUAAUUGUAUCAAAAUUAUAUUUUAUAUACACAUGGCCGGAAAGUUUAAUAUUCAAUUAUUGUUUAUUUGGUUAUACCUAGUAGUGCCUUUUAAUUUCAAUUAACGAUUUAGUAAUUUAAUAUACGAAGGUAUAUAAUUUUAUUUCCUUUGUAGGUAUUUGUUUGUCAAUUUUAAAUUUUCCCUCGAUAAAUAAAUAAUUAAUUAAAUAAUGAUUAUAUUUAUUUACUUUAUAGUAUAUUCUCCAUUCAGGUAUAGAUUAAGUAGGUACCUAAAUGCUGAAACCUUUGAAUUUUUG